AUGCCUGGCGGCGCCAUUUUCGAAGAGAGCGAAUCCGCAGCUCUCGACGUACGAACUCGCGAGUCGGAUGAAGAAGGCGAAGAGGCCCGGGACUCUGGAGCGACUGGCCAUGGCGCCUCCGACGAGCAAGCAGCGUCCGACGCUGGUUCGCACCCUGACCACAGUGACGAUGAUCUCGAAGACGGAAUGUUGUUGAGGGACCUUCCGAAGAGAACAACCUUCUACGAUCCCGUCGCUGAACGUCAAAUGAGCCAGACAGACGCGAAGUUCUUUUAUCACCGAAACAAGGCCGAUCUACGAAGUGGCGGUGGUGCUGGCAACCAGUCGAUACCUCAGAGUCCCUUUCUGACCUCGAGCUCUCGUCCUGCGACUGAGUACGGCGCCGAUUCUAUGGUUCUAGACGCCAAUGGCCGUCGUGUUGAUUCCUUUGCGCCUGGGUUGGAGAUGCCAGGCCCCGCUAUCGACCCUGCAGCGAUCACACAGUCACCCACCAGGAUUGAGCCCCAUCCUGCGCCUUAUCCUCCUAGCCACCCUUCAGUGCCUCCUACUCGUGCUGGAACUAUCGCGCAGGAGCCACGAGUAGGCGACGGCCCUGCUGCUGGGUUGCCUGCUGGAGGUCUCUUCGACACUGAACCCCAUAUUACUGCUGAGCUCAGUGCCAUUUCCAAGAACAUCCAAAGGAUUUUGGAUCUUCGACGCAAAUACAUUGCGCUUUCGCUGCAAGGGCCGGAAGACAACCCAAAAGAUGACCCUGAAUGGGACAUUUAUCCUCCCCCACCUGAGCCUGCAUGGCAGCAACGUUCGCAGCAUCAAGCUGCUGCUGCAGAGCACAUUCCUGGUCAAGAGAAUGCAGGAUUGAAUGGCAACAAAGAGACACCCGGUGGUCAGUCACGAUCAGAGACUAGGGAGAGCAAGCGACCAGUGCGAAAGCGCAGGCCGGGCGAAGACAUCGGCGAGGACUUUGAUAUUGCCGAUUUGCUACCCCUUCCCAGCAACGACGGGCGCACAUACAAGCUGGAUGAUAGUGGAGUCUACCAGGUGUUUGAGCGCGAUGCUGAGGAGCCUUCGAUCCGAGUUCCCACAAUCAGGGAGUUCUAUAUGGACCUGGACGACAUCUUGGACGUCUCCUCCGAUGGACCCAGCAAGAGUUUCGCAUUCAGACGUCUCCAGUAUCUUGAAGGCAAGUUCAACCUCUAUGUCCUUCUCAACGAGUACCAAGAAACGGCGGACAGCAAGAAGGUGCCCCAUCGAGAUUUUUACAAUGUUCGAAAGGUUGAUACUCACGUUCACCACUCGGCAUGCAUGAAUCAGAAGCAUCUGCUGCGCUUCAUCAAGAGUAAGAUGAAGAAGUUCCCCAACGAGGUGGUACUGUUCCGUGACGGAAAGCACCUCACCCUGGCCGAGGUCUUUUCCAGUAUCAAAUUGACCGCCUAUGACCUCAGCAUUGACACUCUUGAUAUGCACGCUCAUACCGAUUCGUUCCAUCGAUUUGACAAGUUCAACCUCAAGUAUAACCCGAUCGGCGAGUCUCGUCUCCGUACCAUCUUUCUCAAGACGGACAACUUCAUUCACGGCCGAUACUUGGCUGAGAUCACCAAGGAGGUCAUUUCUGACCUCGAGUCGAGCAAGUACCAGAUGGUUGAGUGGCGAAUCUCAAUCUAUGGCAAGUCUAUUGACGAGUGGGACAAGCUCGCUGCUUGGGUAGUUGACAACAAGCUCUUCUCGCACAACGUUCGCUGGUUAAUCCAGAUCCCCCGUCUCUACGACGUCUACAAAGCUAGUGGCUUGAUGGAGACGUUUGAGCAGGUGGUUAAGAACGUUUUCCAGCCCCUUUUCGAGGUUACCAAGGACCCUUCAAGCCACCCAAAGCUACACAUCUUCCUCCAACGGGUGAUUGGCUUCGAUAGCGUCGAUGACGAGAGCAAGGUUGAGCGACGUCUCUUCAAAAAGUUCCCUGUGCCAAAGGUCUGGGACACUAAGCAGAACCCGCCCUACAGCUACUGGGUCUACUACCUCUACUCUAACCUGGUAUCUCUGAACUACUGGCGCAAGAAGCGUGGCUUUAAUACCCUUGUCCUACGACCACACUGUGGAGAGGCUGGCGACACAUCAGCCAUGGAUUGCUCCUUCAUUGGCAUCGCCAUGUCGCCGCUCAGUAACAAUGCUUUGUUCUUGGCAUAUGAGCGGAACCCUUUCCACCAGUACUUCAAGCGAGGCUUGAACGUGUCACUUUCUACGGAUGAUCCCCUGCAGUUUGCAUUCACAAAGGAGCCUCUCAUUGAGGAAUAUGCAGUGGCUGCCCAGAUCUACAAGCUGAGUCCCGUCGACAUGUGUGAACUGGCGAAGAACUCGGUGAAGCAGAGUGGCUACGAGUUGUCUGUCAAGGAGCAGUGGCUGGGACCAGGCUGUGACAAGCCGGGUCGAGAAGGAAACACCAUGGUCAAGACGAACGUUCCUGACCGGCGUGAAGAGUUCCGACACUUCACACUGAUGCAGGAGAGGGACGUGCUAGCAAAAUAUGUCCACUACAAUGCUAACAGCGAGCUCUCGGCCCAACCCGGUGGCACUGAUAGUAAGAUGUCAGAGUCAGCGGUGUACAUGGCCGGGCAGUCCACCGACGUGGGUCUUCCCUCUGGCGAUGAGCCCUCGAAUGUGGAAGCGUCCCCGUCAGCUAGCUAUCAUGCCGCAGCCGUAGGGUCACCUACUGGAUUAUCGACUGGUCGAGACCAGACCUGGACUAGUGAUGCCAUGGCAGAUCUUCACCUGUCGGGAAGCGAUCCGAGGAUGUUCCCAGGAAUCUUCACACGAGGACAUCGCACUGGUAGCCUCCGCAACUUGAGCCAAGCUGCUGAAGGCCGGACGACAUCUGACGAUGUUUUUGGGCCCGAUACAUCCUGA